UCUAUCUUGUCUCAAAAUCCCCCAGCAUGACGGUCACUAGACUCGCGCCUGUUUUCGGCUGUAAGCGCGGACUUAAAACGUCGUCAUUGGCACCCGCCCGGACAAACCUGCGGGCUUCUCCCCUGAUGCUGCACGUAGUCCUUGAAAUCUCCCCUACUACCCAAAGAGAUGCGCCAUCACCAACCCGAAAUCUAGCUUAUCGUCUCCCUGCCCAACAGAACCCCAAAUCAUCUCGCCUCGAUCUUUCGGUGCUCCUCAUCCCCGCACUGGUCCUGCGACAAGCUUCCGUCCCGCCCGAAUUGCGAGCAUACCGCAGCUUUGCGGAACGCUCACGAUGGCUUACGUGGUGCCCAUUCACCGGGCGAGUGGCAUUCGCCAUGCGGUGAAACUAAAUUUUAUGAAUGCCGAGGAGGACUGUCUGGUCGUAGCAAAAGCAAACCGCCUCGAGUUCUACACGCUCACCCCCGAUGGCCUGACACUGGCCCAGACUCGCGCGGUGUACGCGCAGGUUACCAUGCUCGCACGACUCCCGGCACCAGCCAACUCGACGACCGACCACCUCUUUGUCGGCACAGACCAAUACAACUACUUCACGCUUGCCUGGGACCCCGAGAAACGAAAAGUACGCACGGCCCGAAGCUAUGUCGAUGUCGCCGAGCCCUCGGCCCGCGAAUCACAGACCGAUCCACGGUGUCUCGUCGAUCCCAGCGGGCGAUUUAUGACAUUGGAGAUCUACGAGGGUGUGAUCGUGGUGAUUCCCAUUAUCGAGCCUACGAAACGAAAAGGACGUGCCUCACAUGCGGCGCUACAGGCUGAUGCGCCUCAGGUUGGGGAGCUUGGUGAGCCCACGGCGUCACGGAUUGACGAGCUGUUCGUGCGGUCGUCGGCAUUUUUGCAUUCCGGAUCCAAUCAGCCGUGGCUGGCACUGCUAUAUGAGGAUAAUCAGAAGAAAGUUCGACUACGGAUUCGAGAGCUGGAGUAUAGUCGGGCGACCUCGAGUGGACCGGCAGAUGCGACUUUUAAAGAAGUUCAAGAGAAGAAGCUGGAUGGUGGUGUCUUUGCACAUGAGCUAGACAUGGGGUCCACGCAUCUCAUUCCGAUCCCGGCUCCAUUAGGCGGUCUCAUCGUUUUGGGAGAGAGGUCCAUCAAAUACAUCGAUGAUAAUGCGAAUGACAUGAUCUCACGCGAACUCGAGGAAGCAACCAUCUUUGUAGCCUGGGAGAAGGUCGAUAGUCAACGGUGGUUGCUCGCCGACGACUACGGGCGGUUAUUCUUCCUGAUGUUCGUUUUGAACAACGAAGGUAACGUCGAGGACUGGAAACUGGAUUACCUAGGGAGUACCUCCAGGGCUACCAAGCUGGUGUACCUCGGUGGUGGAAUUCUGUUCGUUGGCUCGCAACAGGGUGAUUCUCAGGUUCUUCGCAUUGGCGAUGGCUCGUUCGAGGUUAUUCAGACUUUGUCCAAUAUUGCGCCCAUUCUAGACUUCACUUUGAUGGAUCUUGGCAACCGAACGAGUGAAAUCCAAACGCAUGAGUUUUCAACAGGACAAGCUCGGAUUGUUACCGGAUCGGGUGCGUUUGAUGAUGGAUCGUUGCGAAGUGUGAGGAGUGGUGUCGGCAUGGAGGAAUUGGGCGUUCUCGGCGAAAUGGAUCACAUCACGGAUCUAUGGGGACUCCAAGUGCAAAGCUCUGGGGACUUCCUCGAUACGCUACUGGUUACCUUCGUCGAUGAAACACGCGUAUUCUCCUUUAGUGCAGAGGGGGAAGUCGAGGAGCUCGAGGAAUUCCUCGGGUUGUCUCUGGUGGAAAGUACACUGCUGGCCGCCAAUCUAUCGGGAGGUCGGAUCCUCCAGGUCACCGAAAAGAGGGUUGUCAUUGCCGAUCUUGAGGGUGGCAUGGUCACUUUUGAUUGGGUACCUCCGACACAAAAGGCGAUUACUGCAGCCUCAGCUAAUGAUGACCGCCUGGUGCUGGUCAUUGGUGGUCAGGUCCUGGCAACCUUUGAUAUUCAGAAUGAUGCACAGUUGAUCACGCAAAAGGAUAUGGGUGCAGACCAGCAGAUCUCGGGCGUGACAGUCCCGUCCAACCCAGCGGGUAUUUGCAUUGCUGGAUUCCCCCAGUCCGCCAAGGUCUCCAUCUUAGCCAUCAACGAUCUGUCUGAGAUACGAAGCCAGUCCUUGGGCACGACAGGGGAGGCAUUCCCCCGCUCCGUGCUGGUAGCAGACGUCCUGGCCCACAGUCCACCUACCCUUUUCAUCUCCAUGGCCGACGGCAGCGUGGUCACCUUCACACUGGACCCACAGACAUAUGCGCUGACGGACAUGAUGAAGUUAAUCCUCGGAUCAGAACAGCCAACAUUCAAGAGACUCCCCAGAGGCGAUGGCCUAUACAACGUCUUCGCCACCUGCGAGAACCCAAGUCUAAUAUAUGGCUCCGAAGGGCGGAUAAUUUAUUCUGCCGUCAACUCUGAAGGCGCAUCGCGAAUUUGCCAUCUCAACACGGAGGCAUUCCCUCAAUCCAUCGCCGUAGCUACAGCGCGGGAACUGAAGAUCGCAAUUGUGGACAAGGAGCGUACGACACAGAUCCAAACACUACCAAUGGGCUCGACUGUGCGCCGCGUGGCCUACUCACCAUCUGAAAAGGCAUUCGGUCUCGGCACGAUCGACCGCAAGCUUGAAGACGGUGUGGAAAUCGUGAAGAGCCAUUUCGUCCUCGCUGACGAGAUCUUGUUCCGUCGCCUCGAUGCCAUUGAGCUGAACACGGAUGAAAUCGUAGAGAGUGUGAUCCGCGCCGAGUUCCCGGCCGGCAAGGAUGAAAAUGGAAAGGAGCUCAAGAAGGACCGUUGGAUCGUCGGUACGGCGUACCUGAACGAGGAACGGGAAGGGACAAUCCGCGGGCGGAUUCUAAUACUGGAAGUUGAUCACGGCCGCAAAUUGACCACGGUCGGCGAGUUAGGCGUUAAGGGUGCCUGCCGGGCGUUGGCGAUGAUGGGUGACCGAAUUGUUGCAGCAUUGGUCAAGACCGUUGUUGUCUACAAGGUGACCAACAACAAUUUCGGCUCCAUGAAGAUCGAAAAGACUGCUACUUACCGAACAUCAACGGCACCCGUCGAUAUAACCGUCGUCGAUGAUCUAGUCGUGAUUGCCGACCUGAUGAAGAGCGUCUGUAUCGUCCAAUAUGUGAAAGGACUGAACGGCGCCCACGAUACCCUGGAAGAAAUCGGUCGACAUUACCAGACUGUCUGGACCACGGCCGUCUCUUCCAUCGAUAAUGAUAUGCUUCUUGUCAGCGAGGCCGAAGGCAACCUCAUCGUGCUCUCCCGCAACCAGGGCGGCGUUACCGAACAAGACAAGCGCCGUCUCGUUCCGACAUGUGAAAUCCGACUAGGCGAAAUGGUCAACCGUAUCCGUCCCAUUAAUAUUCAGCAACUUGCCAGUUUGACAGUAACGCCGCGGGCUUUCCUCGCAACGGUCGACGGAUCUAUCUAUCUCUUCGCGCUGAUCAAUCCCGACCACAACGAUUUCCUCAUCACCUUGCAAAGCGUCAUUGCCAGCAAGGUGGACUCACUAGGCGACCUACCGUUCGACAAAUUCCGCGCUUUCCGGACUCUCACACGUUCCGCGGAUGCUCCAUAUCGCUUCGUAGACGGUGAAUUGAUUGAGCAGUUCCUCGAUUGCGAGGCUACUCUGCAAGAGGAGAUUGUUGCCGAAGUGGGCUCGAGGGAUGUUAUGGAGGUGAAGGGGAUGAUUGAAGCGUUGAGACGGUUGCAUUGAGUUGGUUGGGUGGAUUGGAUGAGACUGAUGUGUUACAUGAUGGUCGUUAAUGUUAAUGAUGCACGGGUCAAGAUCGGUGUUGGCUAUUUUUCUUAAUUCUUUAUGUUGAUCUUGUUUCUAGACGGACUUAGAGAGCGAAAGUGACUCGAUGUUCUGUGCGAUAUGUGCAUGACAGCAUUAUUGGAAUGAUUCGAGUUCAACUGGGCACCCAUAGUCAACGGGGUUGGAUGAGCCACCGACUAUAAAAUGUAGAAGUCAAUCAAGUCAAAGCGACUUGGUUAAUUAAAGUACAUAUGAGCAAAGUACAACAACACCAUCCGCCAAUUCUAUUAGUUUACACAAGAUGCAUGAUCCCACGAAGGCUCCGAGCCGGUUCCAAUCACCAGCAAAACAGCCCAACACAUCAUUCAUGCAUCUUUCUUGUUCUCCUCCUCCUCCUCACUCCAAUCCAACAACUCCAUAAUCUGAUCCUCGCUCAGCUUCUCCGCACGCUGGCCCUGCUUCGCCAGAUUCUUCAAAUACUUCUUUUGUCUCUUCCGCGCCAUCCCAUUCCACUCCGGCACACCACUCGCCUGAGCCAAGUCAUCCUCCCCUUCCUCCUCAACCUCAUCAUCCGUGUUCUCAACCUCCCCAAGAACCUUGCCCUUUUCAGCACCACCACGUAGCGCAUUAGCCGACAUCUUAGCCUUCUUCCCUCCCAGCGCAGCCCGCUCUUUCUCCUUCUUCUCCUUCUCCUUCUUGCGGUCGCGCUCUUGCAGGUAUUUAAAGAACUUCUCAAUGUAGGGGCGGAUAAUGAUGUAGAAGAUCACACUGGCGAUGACCUUGGUCCAACGCUUGGCGCUGACUUCUGCGAAGGAGGCGUAGAAGUUCUUGAAGAAGCGGCGGACGCCCGUGUCGACAAAGCCGAAGAGUUGUGUGAAGAAGUCGGAAGCAGCCUCGGCGGCCAUGUCGCCAAGGUCAGAGGAGCGUUCAUCGACCAUGAUAUGUGGUGGUGUGGAUUGAGUCGAGCUUGAAAUGUGUUUUCUGUUUUUCUCCCUGCUUUUGAGGAUUCGGCGGGGGAUGCGGGAGCUCGGGUGGCCGCGGAUGGAUCAGUGAAUUGAUCGAGUAAUAGAAAGGACGUUGCGAUUGAAGAUGUUCAACAACACAAUAGUGGAGGAUUCGAGGUGAAACAGCUCAGAAAUAAAUGUUCCCCAGGUGGAAGAAGAAGAAAAGAAAACCAAGGUUGCGCGAUUAAUUGUGCAAGUUGCGGGACUUAUCGAGCCGCGAU